UCACUGUUAAUUGAAUCACCCAAAUAAUCUUUACUUUCUUCUCUGUAGUCUCUACUCUCACAGCAAAUAGCAAUCUCUCUCUGGACUUUCUUGAAUCCCUUGUCAACGGUGUUACGUUCCAUUGAACUUGUUCACCUUCUUCACUGUUACCAAAAUCAAGAAAGAUGGUUUGGGGACUUUUUCCAGUCGACCCACUCCCAGGAGAAGAUAACUACUAUUUUUUCGAUAAAGGUACAUAUAAAGUGGGUCGAAAAGGAUGUGAUGUCAUUAUCAAAAAAGAUAAAGGAGUUUCAAGGAUCCAUGCAGAGAUUUCAAUUGAUGAGAUGAGUUCUUUCGAUCAUUCGUUGUCAAAUAUUUUAUCUCAAGUACGCAUAAAAGACUGCUCAAAGAAUGGAACAUAUCUGAACAAGAAUGUGGGCUCAACUGAGAAAGUCCAUGACUUUCCCAAUAAAGAAACAAUGCUUAAGGAUGGGGAUCUAGUUUCAUUUGGAACUCGUGAUGCAACUUACAGAUUCUCUUACGUCUCCUUCAUAUUUUUCAUUUGCUGCCCGAAGAAUUCUAACACAAAUCAACUUGUUACAAUGAAGGUGUCAUCAAUAGGUGCCAAUAUAACUAAAAAGUGGAGUUUGGACUGCUCACAUGUGCUUGUAGAUGACUCCUUUCCACUGAGUGAGGAUCUGAUUAAUGCUAUUGUCGCUAGAAAACCCUUGGUUCAAUAUAGUUGGCUUGAGCUAAUCGCAGGAAAAAAUAUCUGCACCGCUAUUCCAAGCUACAGUUGUCAUACACCAACCUUGAUGCUGGAAGGAGUGUCCGUGAAAACGGUAGAUCCUCCAUCUCGGGAGUACUGUUUGAAAGGUUAUACUUUUCUGCUGGAACCAGAAAACGAGUAUAAAUUUGAGGGCAGGUUGCAGUCCUUACUGGAAGUUGGGGGUGCCAACGUUUCUUCUCCUGAAAUGGCCUUGGAGAAAAGUGACCAUGUGAUAUGUGUCGUUCCAGCAGGAUCACACAUCGUAGAGUGUUUCCCAAACCUUCGAUCUUUGCCUUGGGUGACUGAGAUAGAUCUAGCUUCCGCGAUUCUAUCCGGAUAUCUAGAUCCUUCUUUAGUCGCAUCCCCACCGGAUCAUUUUAAGAAAAUGAUUCAUGUUGGACCCAAAACGUUUGGGUCUGGUUUUCAGACGGGUUUGAAGGACCGUCUACAUCUGAAGGACCUUCCUGCGGUUGAUCCAGAUGAUUAUGAGGCCAUGCCAGUCGAAAUGUUUGGCAUGGCCUACUUAAGGGCUUUCGGACACGAAGUGAAGCUUGCUAAGAAUACUGUUGCGAAACCUGCCCGCCGUCCAGCACGGAUGGGCCUUGGAUAUAUUCCACCCCUCCCUACGGUUCACCGUCAGGACUCGGAGUAUGGAGAUGAGCUGCCCAGCCCUUCCGACGAUGAGGACUAGGCACAGACGCCUCCUUUCUUGGUUUACCAACUAAUAGACUGUCCAUGGAGAGAGAUGUUUUCCCACGCUCAGAUUCCUUAAUAAACAAGGUUUGGAGGUACUUGGAAACAGCCCUAUGUAAACAAACAUCAAUGAGAAACUCUGCCAGAAAUUUUUGUUCAUAAACAAUAAUAGCAUCUAGCUAGAAACAUGUCAUAGGAAGAUCAGAUAACAGUAGAACAAAUAGCAGACCCUGUCUAGAGGUAAAAGGAAAGGAGGCCAAAGCCUUCGGAUUGAUAUCCAUGUUGUCAACUUCGAGCAAGCAUGCAUCCAGAAAUCAUGUAAAGUUUUGUUGUAAAUAAUUCAUGUAGUUGUAAACAAACUUGACGUCAGCUUUUGAUCCCAUCUCAUUUAUGUGACACUUACU